GCGAUGGAGGAGGAAAUACGGUGUCCCGUGUGUGCGAAUAUCUUCACAGAGCCCGUGCUUUUGCCGUGCUUACACGCUUUGUGUCUGAAAUGUGCAUGUAGUCUUCAGCGAAGUGUCCAGGCCCUUCUUGCUGAGCCCGUAGGAGGCCAGCAGGCCGGGCCGCCUGGCCACGACCCCGAUCCGCCUGACGGAGGCGCUGACAGUGACAAAGCCUCGGUGUACAGUGAGACCGACAGCGGUGUGGUCGUGGCAUCCCGACCCACGUCCUACGUGAGUAGUCCGGAAACCACCGUCAACAAUGAGGGCGGCGACGGCCAGCCCGCCGCAGGACAGCAGCAGGGCGUGCGGUGCCCCGUGUGCCACAAGGUGUCCGCGCUGGGCCCAGGGGCGGCCGCCGACCUGCCCCGCUACACUGCCAUGUCUCGCAUCAUCGCCCGCCAGCGAGGAGACCCUUCCCUGGGGGAGGCGUCCGCCAGCACCUCCGCGCCCACAGGAACCCCCGCGACUCUGCCGCCCUGCCAGCUCUGCGAAGGGCCUCCGCGCGCGGCCACCACGGAGUGCCAGCAGUGCCAGGUGCUGUACUGUGGCCCUUGCCUGACCUCUUGCCACCCUCCCCGGGGGCCCCUCGCCACGCACACCCUGGGCUCCGUCGCGCCCCUGGGAGGCUCUAUCCCAGGGGCAGGGGAGGUCUGUGCCGCCCACGGGGAGCGGCCCUCCCUCUACUGUUUAGUUUGUCGGUGGUCAGGCUGUAGGGAGUGCGGCCCGGGCCACUCGCAGCACGAUCUUCAGCCGCUGGACAAUCUUGCUAAAACACACAAGGUUGGCAUCAACAUUACCACAUAG